GGGCGGGCCGCGGGCGGGCGGCGCCGCCAUGGACGCGCUGAGCCGGGCCGGGCCUCGGCCCCGCCGCGCCGCCGCCGCCUCCGCCGCCUCCCCGCUGCCCUGGGGCCGCUUCGCCGCCUGGAUCGACUGCGUGUGUGUGGUGACCUUCGAUCUGGAGCUGGGACAGGCCAUGGAGCUGGUGUACCCCCACGACUUCAGGCUCACCGAGAAGGAGAAAACGAGCAUCUGCUACCUGUCCUUCCCAGACUCCUACUCAGGUGGCCUCGGGGACACCCAGUUCAGCUUCCGGCUGCGCCAGGCCGGGGGCUCCCGCAGCUCCCCGUUCCAGGAUGACGGCAGGUACAACCGGGAGGCGCCGCUGACGCUGCAGCGAGAGGCUGCUCACUAUUUUGGGUACGUGUACUUCCGACAGGUCAAGGACAGCUCCAUGAGGAGGGGCUACUUCCAGAAGUCCCUGGUGCUCGUGUCCCGCCUUCCCUACGUGAACCUGUUCCAGUGCCUGCUGCAGCUGAUUGCUCCGGAAUACUUCGACAAGCUGGAGCCCUGCCUGGAGGCAGUGUGCAACGAGAUCGACCAGUGGCCACCCCCGGUGCCCGGGCAGACCCUGAACCUGCCCGUGAUGGGAGUUGUCAUCCAGGUGAGGAUCCCAUCCCGGGUGGACAAGCCAGGCUCCAGCCCAGUGAAGCAGUGCAACCAGGAGAAUCUGUGUCCAGCCCCCCUGGUUCUCCCCAGCGUUCAUGAGCUGGAUCUGUUCAGGUGCUUCCAGCCGGUGCUGAUCCACAUCCAGAUGCUCUGGGAGCUGAUGCUGCUGGGGGAGCCCAUGGUGGUGAUGGCCCCGUCCCCAACCAUGUCCUCAGAGAUGGUCCUGGCCCUCACCAGCUGCCUGGCCCCGCUGCGUUACUGCUGCGAUUUCCGUCCCUACUUCACCAUCCACGACAGCGAGUUCAAGGAGUACACCACGCGCACCCAGGCCCCGCCCAACAUCGUCGUGGGCGUCACCAACCCCUUCUUCAUCAAGACCCUGCAGCACUGGCCACACAUCCUGCGGGUGGGCGAGCUCCGCAUGUCAGGAGACCUGCCCAAGCAGGUGAAGGUGAAGAAACUGGCCAAGCUGAAGACCCUGGACACCAAACCAGGAAUCUACACUUCCUAUAAAACAUUCCUUCACAAAGACAAAACCCUGAUAAAAAGGCUGCUAAAGGGCAUCCAGCGGAAGCGCCCCUCGGAGGUGCAGAGUGCUCUGCUGAGGCGGCACCUCCUGGAGCUCACCCAGAGCUUCAUCAUCCCCCUGGAGCAUUACAUGGCCAGCCUGAUGCCUCUGCAGAGGGCCAUCACCCCAUGGAAGAAUCCCCCCCAGAUCCGCCCGUUCUGCCAGGAGGAUUUCAUGAAGAGCCUGGAGCACGCUGGCCCCCAGCUCACCUGUGUGCUCAAGGGGGACUGGCUGGGGCUGUACAGGCGGUUCUUCAAAUCCCCCAAUUUCGACGGCUGGUUCCGGCAGCGGCACCGCGAGAUGACCCAGAAGCUCGAGGCCCUGCACCUGGAGGCCAUCUGUGAGGCGGACAUUGUGGCCUGGAUGAAGGACAAGUCCGAGGUGGAGAUCGUGGACCUGGUGCUGAAGCUUCGGGAGAAGCUGGUGAGGGCUCGGUGCCAGCACCUGCCCGUGAAGGAGGAGACGCUGCAGAGGGUGAGUCUCUACAUCGACACCGUCAUCGGCUCGCUGCCCGAGGACCUGCAGACCGUGCUGCGCCACCCCUGAGCCCAGCGGGGGCUCCUGGAGCAGGACACCCUUCCCAGCCUGUCCCGGCUGCUCCCAGUGCUGGGGCAGCUCCGGCCGGGAUCGGGAUCAGGAUUGGGAUCGGGAUCGUGGGGAGCUCCCGCAGCUGCCCCGGGGCUGGGCCUGCGGAACCGGCCCUGGGCAGGGCAGGAGGGACCCGGGGCUGCGGGCACUUCAUCCGUGUCCAUGCUGGGAUCCUUGGGAACCAUUCCCGUGCCGGGAUCCUCGGGAAUCAUUCCUGUGCCGGGAUCCUCAGCAUUCCCAUGCUCGGAUCCUUGGCAUUCCCGUGCUGGGAUCCUUGGGAAUCAUUCCCGUGCCGGGAUCCUCCGGAAUCAAUCCUGUGGUGUGAUCCUCGGCAUUCCCGUGCCGGGAUCCUCCAGAAUCAUUCCCAUGCCGGGAUCCUCGGGAAUCAUUCCCGUGCUGGGAUCCUCAGCAUUCCCGUGCCAGGAUCCUCAGGAAUCCCGUGCCAGGAUCCUUGGGAAUUAUUCCUGUGCUGGGAUCCUCCGGAAUCAUUCCCGUGCCGAGAUCCUCGGGAAUCAUUCCCGUGCUUGGAUCCUCCAGAAUCAUUCCCGUGCUGGGAUCCUUGGGAAUCCCAUGCUGGGAUCCUCGGGAAUCAUUCCUGUGCUGGGAUCCUCGGCAUUCCCGUGCUGGGAUCCUCAGGAAUCAUUCCUGUGCCGGGAUUCUCGGGAAUCAUUCCUGUGCCGGGAUCCUUGGGAAUCCCAUGCUGGGAUCCUCGGGAAUCAUUCCCGUGCCGGGAUCCUCCAUUCCCGCAGCCCCGUCCUGCCCUGCGGGGCUGCGCUCAGGGCAGCUCCUGAGGACGGUGAGGAGGUGACAAGGAGGUGACAAUGCCAUCCCUGCCCCUGGCCAGCCGUGGGAGCAGGAGGAGGAAUUGCUGGACGUGGACAAUUGCUGCUCUGUUUCUCCAGGGCAGAGCCAGAGGAGGGGCUGGAGCAUCCGCAGGGAUUGGGAGUGCCUGGGAAUGGCUGCUGGGAGGAGCUGGCCCCAAAUCCCAUUUAUUCUGCUUGAAAUCCCAGCCUGAGCUCCGGGGACACAGCGGGGCUGGGGCUCUGCCGAGGUGCUGGGAGAGCUCUGCCAGCCCCUUCCCAAUAAAACCUGGAGAAGCUGA